AUCCUCUUUAUGGAAGGUAGUAUGACGAAUGGUGAUACUACUGAUGGUUAUCGCAAAUUUUCAACUGAUAAAUGCUUUGGUGAUAAGUUCCGCUUGCUGAGAAAAUAUGCACAUUAUUUGAAAACACAAUUGAAAUCAUAUUCGGGUAAAUCUGUUCCAAAAAACAGUACAAUAGAGCGUAAAUUAGCCAUCUACAAGAAGCUCAGAAAGUUAAUUCAUUAUGUCGAUGAGACAUUAGUUAAGGAUGAGGAGAGAAGUGAUGAUCCUAAAGCGAAGAAGCAGGUUGAUACAUAUUAUAAACUAUUGGAACAUAAAAUUGAAAAGCUCCAAAAGCAGAAGCCAAAAACGGAUGAAAGGGACAACGUUAAAACUCUGGUUGAAAAAGUUAAUGUAGAAAAACCGAAACUCAUUGUGCAGAGUGAUGUUGAAGAUGAAGAGACUCAAAAGCGAGGAAGUAACAUUGCCAGCGAUGAAGAAACUGGCGAAAAUGAUCUUGUAACUGAAAUCGGUCCUACCCCACAACUCAACGGACGUGUUUUGACGAUAUUUGACAUCAUGACGUCUCCGGAACAAUUUUUGGUUUCACCCUUGAAGCGUGGACAGCCAGAUGUCGAUGUCCAGGCUCAAUUGGGUGCAUCAACCAAUCAGGGUGAUAAUGAGGUUUUCAAAACACCUUCGAAGCCUGCUUCUCAAGUCGGUGAAACACAAAGCCAGUACGGAAGUAACUAUCUGGCAUCGUCCUCUCGGAAACUAAACUUUGAGGAUUUGAGUACCACUCCGGUCAAAGAUGCAACCAACGUCAAUAUAAACGAAACCCCGAGAUAUCUACGAACACAAUCAACAAGUCUGAAAAAUAUUGAUGAGAUCAUCAUAGGUGAUGAAUGGAGUGCAGACGAGCUAGACGAGUAUUCUGACGAACACAAUACUGAAAAUAAUGCACUUUUGAUGGAUGAUUUAGCAGAUAUCGAUAUUGAAAAACUACCAGAUCUUGAUGAGAAUAUCGAUCAUAUUAAUGUCGAACCGAGCCCCAUAAUAAAAAAAAUGGGCCGCAGUCUUUUUGAUCUUCAUAAAGAUCUUAUUGGCUUACGUAGAAACCUUACAGACUUGGAGGAAAUGGUGGAUGAUGAAGAUUUAGUCGGAAACAGGCUAGUCCAUGAAGUGUCUGCCGACGAGGGAGAAGGAGGAAAUGCUCACGGGACUGAAAACAGUGAUGUUUACAAUCCUGCUUCGAAAGACGAUGAGAUUGAAGACGAGACACUAGUGGAGCAGAAUGCAAAAGGCAUUUCAGAAGCAACGGAUGAGCAAGAGCAAGAAAUAGAAAGUGUGUUUGACCCACAUUACAAACUUAGAAAAAAGAUGAAAACCAUCAAGCGGUCUACGAAACGUGCUAAAUUACGUACUGAUAAGGUGAGUCUGAAAGACGAUCUUGAAGAAAUUGAUAUUCAUGCUCUUGCGUUCGGUAAGAGGUUAUCGGAGCAUUUAUACGAGGGUCUAAAUGGUGCUGAUGGAAACGCCUUAAAUGGAAGCGAAGAUGAUGAUGAUUUCGCUGAGAAGGAAGAAGAGUACGUACGUAAAGACCUCAAACAGUUAGAAAAGGAACUCAAUGUUGGCAAAUCCAAAGGUAAAGGUCGACAUCCUCUAUCCAACAAUUUUGUACGUCUUAAGAUUAACCGGGGUCGUUUUAAACGUAGAAGAUAGGAUCAUUGUAUAUAUUCAUCAAGUAUAGAAAUAUAAUUAAAACUUGACAGUCGAAUUGACAUGUACUGGGCUAGUAAGAAUUUUUGAAAUCAAGGACUUUUUUCUAACUGUUUAACAGCAGCAGCAAGAAGAGUCUCAGAA